AUGCGGAUUGGGCCCAAGCUGGGUGAGCAACACCCGCAAUAUGAAAUGAGGCGAUCCUCAGUGCGUCAAGCAUGCCACGGUGUCCACUUCGUUGUGCUGUGCAUUUGUUUGACGAAUCGCUGUGCGGACAGCUGCAAUCCUGAGCAGUGCAAGAGUCUGGUGACCAAUUUGAAGGAUUGCGUAGACACUGCGUAUUUUGGUGGAGGAGACAAUUUGAUCGCACUGUGCGCAAGGGAUGAUGGGGCCAAGCUUGCGGUGAGGCUCUCUGUGGUGGAGGACAUUCGGCCCAAGUCAGAGUAUGACAGCUUUCGAACCAUGUACUUGUUUCACAGCAAGGAUUUAGCUAGAUCUCUUUGCGGGCAUGAUUGGAUCCAGUCCCUGAUUGUGCCGAAGCUCCGCAAAGCCAUGCAGCAAACCUUGGUGUGGCGCAUUCUCAGAACGAGUGAGUACCAUGGAGAAAUCCGCUGGAGAGACGAGUUUUUAUGGAGGAAGAUGGUGUUUGCCCCAGCACCGUCCCUGCACGAAUGUUUGGCUUGUGUGCAACUAUGUUCCAGAGUGCCUGUGCUGAAUCAAAACCAUCAGCAUGUUGCGAACCUAUCUAGGUCAGUCCAGAUCGGGAUCAGCAUCAUGAAAGGUGUCGAUGGGUCCUUCAAAAGCGUAUAUGAAAAGCUGACAGUCCAAGCCGUUUCCACUAUCUUGGUAGGGUACCACUUGGACCUUGCCACAAUGGCAGACUCGAACCACUUCCAUGAUGCACACGAAGGCAACGUGCUCCUCUCUUUGUCUGGCGUAGAUUUUCCAGAGAUCCGCUGGCAUGACUUCGGGGGCAGUUAUAAGCCUGCGGGCGGGUUGGUCACGCCAGCUUUGACAGCUGACUUUGUGGGUAAGAUUGAGCGCUUUUCCGACACAGGGAUCAACUAUAUCAGGAUGACACACCAAGGUUUUGCCUCAAGACUGAAUGAGACGCGCAAGAAGUGCACUUUAGUCGGGCAAGAGAUGGUACUGGUGCCAUUGUGUUUGCGUCAACGCGCUUUCAGCUUGGUGGAAACCAUGCUGAACGCGGACGUCAUGGACACCUCGGCUCAGCGAAAGCUCUUGGAAAAGAUUUCGCUGGGAAUGCCCGAGCUGUCCCAAAAGGAGCUGUGGCGACAGUUCUUUGCAGGCAGGUUUGUUUGGCGCAUUUACCACGCUGCCAAGAAUGCCACCUGCAAGGCGGAGCCGCCUCGCAACCAUCCGCUGCGGUGUGGGUCUGUCAGCUGGGAAGCCCUGCCUGGGCCUUACCAGCAGCUGUGUGCGGUUUUGCCUGCCCUGCUGCUUGUGCGUUGCAAGGACGGCAAGGACUUUGAGAUCGUCGGCAACGCGUUUCAGGUCAAAGGUGUUUUGACAAACGCAGCGACCUCAGCUGGGCCACUGGACAAAGGAUUUACCUCAGCUCUGUUUUGCCUUUGGAAAUGUUGCUUCGUGCUUUGCGGGGAGGUGGAUGACCUCAAGAAAGCCCUGCGCUUAGAGCUUGUGAGCCUCGCUAGUCUUGCGCUUUCCAUUGUAAGCUGUUUUGCAGAAGGGCGAUGA